UAAUUUUCUGAUACCGAGACCCGCUCUUUAUCUUCUCCCCCAUCCCUCCCUGCAACUUCACAGCAACUUCAUACAUUGCCUGCUUCGUGCCAAACCUUUUCCACGAUCAUUCCAAGGCAACCUCUCUCUCACAACUGUACGACUCUUCUUUUUUCAAGGAUAAAGAAAAGUCUCCGUUUGGCCCCGUUCGGUCAUGGCUAACGACGGAUCGGCACCGUCGCCAAAACCAUUCAAGUGGCUCAACAAGAGCCUUCGGCUGACCUUCCCACGACGGAGUUCUCAAUCCAAGUCAUCUUCCUCCAACUUGAGCACUCCGUCUUCUCCAACCUCCACUCUCCCCGCUCCUAACCUCAAACGUACCAUCUCCCCCAACAGAGAGCAAGAGCUCCAGGAAGUCUUCUGCCGCUUCGACACCGAUGGGGACGGCAAAAUCUCCGCCCUCGAGCUCCGGGCGUACUUUGGGUCCGUCGGCGAGUAUAUGUCGCAGGAGGACGCCCAGAGCGUCAUCGAGGAGCUCGACACUGACGGCGACCUCUUGAUCGACUUCAGUGACUUCCUGAAGCUGAUGAAGACGGACGGCGAUGAUGACCUGAGGCGGGCCUUUGAGAUGUUCGAGGACGAGAAGGGGUCCGGGAGCAUCACCCCCAGAGGGUUGCAGACGAUGCUGCGGCGUCUAGGGGACGCAAAGUCGUACGAGGAGUGCGAGAACAUGAUAAGGGUCUACGACACUGAUGGGAAUGGAGUUCUUGAUUUUCAGGAGUUCAACCAGAUGAUGGCGUAGCUUCGGAGGGAAGUAACAUGAUGAAGCGUGUUCUUGUGUUUGAAGCGAAACAGAAAACAAAAAAGAAAAGAAGAGAGAGAGGGAGAUAUAGAGAGGAGAAUGCGUGAAAAAAAGGGUUGGAUAGAUGCACGGACGAGGAGUCAAAUUUGAGGUCCAAUGCAUUGCUCGAAUGGGAAUGCGGGUGCUAAUCUUUUAAAUGGUGUCGUUUCAGUUCUUUAUAUUGAAGUCUGUAUACUGCUUGCAAGUACUGUGUGGCAUGGGAGUUUAAGAUAAUAUCUACAUCCAUGGUUUUUUUUUUUUUUUUUUUGAACUUGUCGCUUUCAAAGUUAACUUUUUGGUUGAACCAUCCUGGACUAUGAGGUCAACCGCUUAACCAA